AUCUGUGAAUCUGUGAAUCUGUGAAUCUGUGAAUCUGUGCUUAUCGUAUCAUCUCUCCAAUCCAUCAUAACAACCAUGACCACGACCACAAGAUCUAGUGUGAGAAGGGAGUCCAGCUCCCAAAGCCAAAACGGGGCCGCAGCUGGCUCGAAGCAUGAGCUAGAACAACAACCAUCACCAAAUUCCAAACGCAGCAAGAAGGGGGAUACUAUCCCAAGUCCCACCGAAGCAUACGGCGAUGGCAAGCAUAUCCCACGACCUAGCAGGCAGAAAACCGAGAGCAAUGCAAACGGAAUCGGGGCGAAGCCAGAGAAAAAGACAACAGAUCAAGAUCAAAACCAAAACGGCACAGCCGAGCAGACCGGGGCUCGAAACAUCCCCAUCCCCUCCAACGUCCUAGAAAAGGGCCUCAUAUACUUCUUCACCCGCGGCCGCGUCGGCAUCGACGAGCCGCACAGCAUACGCGACAUCCGGCGGAGCUACCUAGUCCUGCGCCCACUGUCCCAAGACGCGAAGCUCGGCCCGGGGACCAUCGCCGACGCCGGCACCAGCCGGCUGAUCGCGAUCCCCAAGAAGGUGCUGCCGCUGAGCGGUCGAGAUCGAUGGGUCGCGUUCGUCGAGAAGUCGCAUGCCUCGUUCCAGGUCCUCAAAGACGAGUUCCUGUCUGCCGAGGACUACACGACCGAGACGGCGGGCGUGAGGCACUCGCCCGCUGCGGCGCCGGUGGCCGAGGGUGUGUACGCGAUCACGACUACGGGGCGGGAGAGCCACCUCGCGUACAUGGUCACGCUGCCGCCAGAGCUUGGCGAGGUUCAGGAGGAGCUGGGGAUCAAGGAGAAGGGCAGCUUCGUUAUCAGCACGCGGAACCCGCAGUAUGAGGGCCCGAAGGGUGCUGCGCUACCGCAGGGCCCCGAGUAUCCGAAGGACAUCCAAGACGAAUUCCGCUCCCUCCGCUGGUCCAGCACGCAACCGAAACACCUCGACUACGCCAACACCCAGCUCCUGCUCGUCGGCGAGUCUAGCGGCAUCGAGAAAGCCACCACCACCCCCGCCUCACCCUCCUCCACCAAACCGCAAAAGGGCCAAGAAGGAGGCUACGGUGAUGGAGGGGGGAAGCAACCAGUAGCAGAAGAACUAGAAACGCUAGAAGACGAGGACACGCACCGGAUGCAAGGGCUCCCCGGCGACGACGCCGACGCCAUCUUCGCGGAUCUAAAGGCGUGCGCGGGGGAGCAUUUGGGGUUGAGGACCACGUUUUAGAGUAUCUAGCUAGGUACAGUGCCUGGGCAAGUAUAUAGGAGCUCUAAGGCUGUCUAUCGAUCAUAUGUAUGAGGGUAUGAAUGUGUAUGAUGAGGUUAAAAGGUUACUGGUGAAGGGAUAGGGACGGAGGGCUAGACGGGAUAAAAUGUACAAUAAGGGUACUGAAGGUACUACUGGGGAGGGAAAUAACACGAUCCAUCCUAGGUACCUAUCUAGGUAAGAAAUAGUGAUUUACUCGCAACUAAGAAGUUGCUUUAGGGAA